CAGAAAUGGAUAAACUCAAGGAUGCUUUUAACAAAGUAGCAGAAGGUGCCAAGAACAUGAAAGAGAAAGAAGAAGAGAAGAAGAAAAUCAAAGAUGUUUUGAAUCAUAAGCCAAUUAACAUCCGUGAACUCAGAGAGCACUGUAUAUCUGAGUUCGGUCUUGUAGAUUCUUCUAUAAGGAAAUAAGGCUUGGCCAAUCCUCCUAAACAUCCAUGAUGAGGUUAAAGUAAAAGAUCUCAAAGAUGACAAUACAACGACUCCAAAAUUCAUCUCGUUUGAUAAGGACAAAGGCUGGAACAAGCAUCAAAAUCUGGAAAAUGAAAAGAUGGCGGAUCAAAUUGACAAAGACGUCAACAGGUCUCUUAACCACUACCCCUCCUUUGGAAUCAAAAGCAGGAGGGAUCAAUUAUCAAGGAUGAUGAAUUCGAUCUUCCAGCUAAACCAGGACUGGAGCUAUUAUCAAGGCUACAAUGACAUAUGCUCUGCCCCUCUCAUGGCGGUAGAAGAAAACAUGGGAUUCCACGUAUCUGUAGCCAUCUCGAACUAUUUCAUCAAAGAUUUCCUAAAAUCUUCCUUUGACAAAGGAGUGAUUCCAGCUCUGAACUUAAUGAUGAAGAUUAUUGAAGGAACUCAUAAGGAAGUGUAUGAAAAGAUAAGUUUCCUCGAAAUGCCGACUUUUGCAGUCUCAUGGAUAAUCACUUGGUUCUCUCAUGACCUAGACUCCUCAGAGGACAUUUACAGGAUAUUCGACUAUUGCAUUGCUUCACAUCCUGCUGUAUCAAUCUAUUUGGCUGCAGCCACUGUGAUCCACAACAAAGAUCAGCUGGAAGAUCUUGAGGAAGGAGACAUUGCCACUCUCCACAUGAUUUUUCAAAAAUUAGGUACCGAGAACUUCGAUCUUGAGAAAGUCAUUGCUCUUACUGAAGACUUAAUGGAGGCAUACCCUCCAGAAGACCUCCUGUAUGACAAUAAGAAGAUUGGGUUUGAGAACGAUUCUCCGAUUAUUGAUCCAAGUUUGCAACUGACUACUAAAAUUAUCCAAGUUGCUAAAGAGACACAAGAAAAGUAUAUAGUCUACCCUCAAAGCCGUGUUGAAAAAUAUGGUGAAUACGUAACCAAGGGCAAUUUAGCAGCAGGAACUGUUACCAUGAUCUGCCUCUACUUCAUAGCUCAAUACUACAGAUCAGAAGAUUGACCUGAACCAAAGCCAAGUGAUUUUUAAAGAGUAUUAACCGGCUUCAACG